AGGUGAAUAUUCUGAUGAAAAAGUUUACGAUUGCGAGCAGCAAAUGCGCGGGUCUCAUUCGCAAGGUCCGCUUCGCGAAGGGCUCGGCGCGGGGGCGUCGCCGGAGGCCGCAGCCCCCCGGCGACAUCCACUACCUCCCCAACUGCACCGUCUCGUGCUCGCGCCACUGUCUUGGCCCGGAGUGGGCCGAGAGAAAUAACAAAUACUAUCGUUACCUCCGCGAGUCGUCCAAGUAUCUGCUCAUUAUAUUCACAUUGUUUUCACUAUGUUGCAUCAGCAGAGUGAAGAUUAUUUAGCAAUAUCUUAAUAAAUUAUAGCAAGGCCUGCUAGCGUGGAAGACAGUAUUAAAAAUAUCAAUGCAAAGAGUCAAGAGGUACAUAUCGUGCCUAAUGUCUAGAGUGACGUGGAAGAGUGAAUCCGAGCCGGCGACAUGCUCAUCGCCACCUUGUGGCCAAUCACCGGGUUCUUCGUGAUGUCGACGUCGCUGGUGUGCCGCUCGUGCUUCACCACCAUGCCGUCGCUGACGUCAAUGUUCGGCAGCAAGAAGCGCAGCCCCCGACAGUGCCCCGCGCCCCCGCCGCGCUGCCCCCCGAGCCCCUGCGUGUCGUGCUGCCGGCCCCCGCCGCCGCCGCCGCCCCCGUGCUGCCGCCACCCCUGCGAGCCCGACCCAUGCCCACUGUGCCAGGCCGUGCCGCGCCCCCGCACCCGCCCGCGCCCCUCCUACACCCGCGCCCCGCAGUACCAGCCCCGCGUCGCGCCCCCGCCCCCGCCACCCGAAUAUGAACCGCAGGAACCGCGACGAGUAUGCUUCAAACAAACGGCACAGGAGUAUUCGAGUAAAUGUUGCUCGUGCAAAAUCUGCGUCUUGUUCGCGAUGACGCUUGGUGCAAUUUAUUACCUCUGUCGGUGUCGGGUUCUUUAACAAGGAA